CGAACGGUGUCCAAUUCCUUUUUAAAGAAGAUUGUUCGUUAGUCACUACCUUAUUAUUAGAAACUGAAAUAAAUAUUCCAAUUUAUAACGUUUGUGAAAAUUAUAGAUUUUUACACGGAUAAUUGAAAUGGCAGCUGACAGUGACUACCGCACUUUAGCUCAUUAUUGUGCUGGUAAUUUUUCUAAAAAAGAAUUUAGUAAUAAAAUUUUAGAUAGUUUAAAGGAUGUUAAUUGCCCAUUGCCAAUGGAUCUUCCUCAGAAUCUAAAUACUCUACUUGGCUUCACUCCAUUACAUUUGGCUAUUCAUUUUGAGAAUUUGUGUGACAUUAAAACUUUGAUCAAACGAAGGGCCAAGUUCACUCUUAAAAAUGGGUAUGGUCAAACUGGCCUUCACUAUAUUUUACAUUCAUAUUGUGAGUGGUCUGAAAAUAUAGGUCGUAUUUUAAGAGAGCCUAUAAUGCUUGAUGCUAGAAUUAAAGUAAUACUGUCAGCUCAUUCGAAGUACAAUAUUUCUGAAGAUCCUAGUGAUGAGUAUGGUAUAUCCCAUUUUCAUAUAGCAUGUAUAACAAACAAUGUGAAAGCUGUAAGUACUUUUUUAAAUGGUGGAGUAUCUGUUAAUAAGGCUGUUAAUAAAAAUUCUAAACUGUUACCUGGUUAUACUCCAUUACAUAUUGCCGCAAGGUAUUGUGCUUUGAAAACAGCAAAAGUACUUUUAGAAAAUGGUGCUGAUGUUACUCUUACAGAUACCAAUGAUAUGACAGCUUUACAAUUACUUAUUGACCGCAACAUAAAAAUUAUGAAAUGUUUGGGUGCCAAAGAUACUGCUAUGUAUAAAAAGUUAAAAGCAGAUAUUCUAAUAAAUGAAAAGAUCAUUAAAAUGAUACAGGAUAGAAAUGGUGCAAAUUAUAUAGGCAUGUCUUCACUUCAAAUUGCUUGUACAAUGCAAGAACCUUCAAUAGCAAAUAGUUUACUUUCAUUUUCAGAUGUAAAAUAUCGUGUGAAAAGAAACUCAACUAUGUGGCAAGGUUACACUGCACUGCAUUUUGCUGCUCACUUCAAUAUUGAAACUGUUAAACUUCUGGUAGAAAAAGGAGCAGAUAUUUUAGCCAAAGAUGCCAACAGCAUUACAGCAUUUGAUUUGUGUGUGGAAAAUUAUAAAAUUCAAGAAAUUUAUGACCUUAUAAUUAAUGAACACAAAUUGAGAAGCCUAAAGUUCUCAAAUGAAAAAACCAAUCUAUGUAAUUUUAUUUUAGCUAUGUUACGGAAAGCUGAUUUCGAAUCUUUUAUAGAUUCUACCCCAAAUUUAAAUAUUAACAUACCAUUUGAUUCUCCAGUGUGGUCUGGGUACACACUUCUUCAUUUGAUAACUAUUUUCCUUAAGAGAGACGUAACUCUUAAAAAAUUUAUCGAAAAUACAGACUAUUACUAUCCAGAUAAAGAAAAAUGGAAAGAAGCUACAGGUGAAAUUAACAUUCAAGCAAACAAAAAAAAUGUAAUUGAAACAAGAAAUGUUGAAGAUGAAAGUAUCACUGAGGCAAAAAAAGGUAACGAAGAAAUAAGAGAAAAAUUAGAAUUUGACGAUGUCAGGUUAUUUUUUGAAAAGCAGAAGAUUAUUAAGGUAAUUAAGCAAGAGAGUCAAGGCAUAACUGCUAUUCAUUUAGCCUUUUAUCUGGACAACAUGAACCUGGUUAGUUAUCUAUUGCGUAAGCAAAUAAAGAUUGAAAAUCCUGUUGACAAAAAGGGUUUGUCACACCUACAUCUUGCAGUUGCAUAUGAAAAUAUAGUGUUAAUAAAGCAUUUGGCAGCGAAAGUUCCUAGAGAUAUCAAUAAAUCAGUGAAAGUUGGUUUCCAGUUGAGUAAUACACAACAUUACAGUGAAAAUAUUUUAAAGACUUCAUAUGUAUAUGUACCUUCUUGUUACGCGUAUAAGGAAGUAACAAAGGUGUUUAAAGUCAAUGCUGGUUCAACAGCACUGCAUAUAGCUGUGGCUAAAUACAAUCACUUAAUAACAGAACUUCUUAUCAAUUUAGGUGCAGAUAUAUAUGCUAGAGAUGAGUACAACUUGACACCUAUUCACUUAAUGAUGUGUUUACCUGAGGGCUUCGAAGGCAUUUCUCACUUUCGGCGUAUCCUUGAAAGGAUAAAAGGUCUCCGAGAGUGUGUGGUGGAAUCAGUGGGACUGAGCCACCUACAUGUAGCAUGUUGGCUUGGUAGCAAAAUAGUUGUUGAAAAUUUACUCAAUCAAGGAACAGAGAAUAUUGAGUUGGAAAUAAUUGCCAAUGAUUCUUUGCCUUUCCUAAAACAAUUAGACAAGAUGAGACCGUUCGGAUUAGCUUUAACUUACAAUUGGUUCAAUGUUGUUGAGUUACUGAUAGAAAAAAACGCUAAGAUUUCCGUUAACCGGCUUCUCAGAUACAGUGUUGAUAAGGCUAUAAGCCAGGAAUAUGUCGAUAAGUUGAAUAAUGUGUCAUUACGAAAUAGACUCAAACGUGAGACAGGACUAACGUUACUUCACUUUGCUUGCGCUGCAUUGAAUAUCAAAGCGGCGAAAAACGCAUUAAAUCAAGGGAUCGACGUUAAUGCUCAGACUCACAAGGAAUCUCCUUUUUGGCCUGGUUUCACUCCGUUGCAUGUUCUCGCAACUGUAAUUGAUCCAGAUCAACAGCAAAUAUAUCUAUUGACAAUACUGCUAUUAAAUCACGGUGUCAAUGUCACCUUGAAGAACGUCGAUGACGAGACGCCGGUUCAUCUAUUUUAUAACACAAGUAGAUCUACGGACAACUACUUAUUAAAUUGUGUCGGAUCUCUUCACCGCGAUAUAACUACAUUUCUACUCAAAGCUCAACAGGAUUUUAAUGCGAAUCCUGUUAAUCAACUAGCAAUUUCGCACCUUCAUAUAGCUUGCAAAAACAACUGUGAUGAAUUAGUCGCAGAAUUUCUUAAUAAUGAAGUGGAUUUGAAUAUUCAGAUUAACUAUUUAGAUUUUCAGCAUGAUGGUGGAUGCUCUCCUCUCCAUUUAGCUUUAAAGAAUUUCUCAAAAAAUUCUGUUGAUUUACUUAUGGACCGCGGAGCUGAUUUACACUUAGUGGAUUCUUCGGGUAACACUGCACUUCAUUGGCUCGUCGAUGCAAUCCCAAUUGAGCCCGAGCUUGUUAACAGAUUCAUUAUAAACCGGAUUGAUACUGAUGUUAUGGCAACAAACAUUUACGGCAAAACUCCCUUUGAAGGUCUGUUGCAUUCAAAGACGAUACCAGCUAAAAUGAUUAAUACGAUUAUGGAUCUUAAACAUAUUCACACCAAUAUCUACAAUAGAGUGACUGGAGAAGGCUACUUGGCUGUAGCUUUCUCAAAUUUGAUCCUGAAUAGCCAAGCUUCAGGAGGCGUAGAGAUAAAUCCAAUAUUUAAUGUAAUGAUGUCAAGAGACGAUAUAGGUGAAAUUGGUUAUAUGGAUCGCAAUGCCAUCCACAAUAUAAUUUCACAGAAAGGAAAAACUGAAGUAUCAUAUGAACCUAUCUUACAGGCGUAUAAUAAUGCAAUAUAUCGACUCACGAGAAUUGGCUGUAAUAUUGAUCAUCAGGAUAUAACAGGUCGAACCCCGCUUCACAUUGCGACUCAGUUCCGAAAUGCCGAUGGAUUAAUUGCUUUAUUGGAUUGUGGCGCGGACGUAAAUGUCAUUGACGCAACCCGGAAAUCAGUAUUAAAUUAUGCUUUAGAAUAUGAGGAGUAUGAAGUCGAUAAGGCUGUACAAUGUAUGUGGAUUUUCUAUGCAUACUUGAGUCAAUAUUGUUCUUAUGGAUUUGAAUUGAGCCAAAUGAAUGUCGAACUUUAUGUGAAAAUUGUUGAAAUUUGUGAAUUGAAUAAGCGAUUUGAAUAUAAAAGACCAAUUGUCGACGAAGACAUUAAAAAUUUAAAGAACUGGGAAAUCGAUUCGUCAUUAAUAAAAUUAUCUGAUUUGCUGAAAAACAAAGGUCUCGAUGCUUAUGCAAUGAGAGUGUCCGUUCGUCGUGACAUUGAUAAAAUUUUCCAAGGUAAUGAUUUACAUAAAAACAUGUUUAAGAUUUUUGGGUUACUCGUGUUAAAGUAUAAGGAAGCUCGUAUCAAUUAUCAAAUUUGGUGCUCACUUAUUAAGCCUGCCAUAAAAGCAUUGCAAGAUCUUAGUUCUUUUUCUAUAUCUGUUUCCUGCAGUACUAUAGUUGUAAGUUUUUUAACUGUUAAAGAACUGAAAAACAUGAUUGAGUCAGUUCCUAAGCCGAAGAAACCAGUCAAAAAGACUAAAUAAUUUAUUUAAAUUAGAUUCUUUAUUUUUUACCUUCACUUUUUAUGUAAACAGUAACAAAAGGAAUUUUCAGUAAUUUCUUGAAGAAUAUUUUUUUUUUGCAUUUUUCGACUUCUAUUUAUUAAUGCAUUGCAAUCCUUACUUAAUUUAUUGAUUUUGUAUUUUGUUAAUAGUUUAAGAGAAAGAGCAUCAUUCGUGAAGGUGUUAUAAAAUUAAAUUAUUAACUUGAACAUCACUUUUAUCUAACAUGGAUAGUUUGUUACAUAUUAUAAUAAAAAGAAUUAAAUUUUUUUUUCUAUUAAAAUUGGUUCUUUGAUGAUAAUGUUUGUUGUUAUACUUUGAGAGUAUAAAAUUCAUUGAUGGAAAAAGCUAAUUGAGAGAAAUAUUAAAUAUUCUUGGUCAAAACUAAUCUAUAAUAUAAGUACAGAAAAUCUUAUUAGUCAAUCUAUCAUACUGUGCCCUAAAAAAUGAAGACUUGAAUGGCACCACAUAUUAUCAGAGAAAUGUGUAAAAGAGAUAGACGUUGAUGAAUAUUAACAGUGAAAAAAUGUACAAUUGAACAUACGUUAAGAUUCAAAGUUUUACACAUUAAAAGAAUUAUAAUUUCAA